AUGGCGGCGGGCAGCAGCCCCAGCACCGGCCCCGGUCCCGGCCCCGCGGCUCGGGAGCUGUUCGCGGAGGGGCUGCUGCAGUUCCUGCGCCCGGCGGUGCGGCAGCUCGAUGGGCACGUCCAUGCCGUCAGGGAGAGCCAGGUGGAGCUGCGGGAGCACAUCGACAGCCUGGCCACUGAGCUCUGCCGCAUCAAUGAGGACCAGAAGGUGGCCCUGGACCUCGACCCCUACGUGAAGAAGCUGCUGAACGCCCGGCGCCGGGUGGUGCUGGUCAACAACAUCCUGCAGAACGCUCAGGAACGGCUGCGGAGGCUCAACCACAGCGUGGCCAAGGAGACGGUGCGGAGGAGAGCGAUGCUGGAGGCGGCCGGGGCCUACCCCCAGGGGCUGCCGGGCAAGUGAGGCUGUGCCCAGAGCCCCACGAGCUGG